CUGAUCAGAUAGCAGACAGAACCGAACAUGUCUGACAACAUUUAUGAAGAUCCAGAUUCUCCCAGUAUCUAUACAAGACCAUGCAACAAAACAAAAGAUAUAUAUUUGAGUGCAGUUCCGAAAAGGUCUCAGCAAAGAAUGAACCAAAACCAAGUCCAGGAUAGUUCAGGAGGUCAUAAUCAUCGUCCCUACAAGCUGGCUGUGGUUUUUCUUGGGCUGCUGUGUGUUCUCCUUUUGGCUGUCAUCAGCAUAGGGCUGUUCAUCAGAACUGAGGAGGCAAGACAGUUACAGCUUAGGUACAACAACCUGACUGAAGAGAAGGACCAGUUAGAGAUCCUUAAUAACAACUUGACUAGAGAGAAUAAACAGUUACAGGAAAGAAACAUCAUGCUGAGCUCUGAGAAUUCUCUGCUAGAAACCAUCAGUGCCAUGGCUGGCGAGCAAGAUGAACUACAGUGGCGUCUUUGCAAACUCGAAUCACAUGACAUGAAGAGGAUUAAAAGUCAUGCAGUGGAUGUGACUCUGGAUCCUGACACAGCACAUGCCUCUCUCAUCCUGUCUGCUGAUGGGAAACGAGUGAGACAUGGUGACACAAAACAGAAUGUCCCUGACAACCUAAAAAGGUUCAGUCCUGUUGUAAGUGUCUUGGGAAAACAGGGGUUUUCUGCAGGCAGAUUCUACUAUGAGGUUCAGGUCAAGGGGAAGACUGCGUGGACCUUAGGGGUGGCCAGAGAGUCCAUUACCAGGAAGGGAAAGAUAAGUCUGAGCCGUAAGAAUGGAUACUGGACAAUACGUCUGCGUAAUGGGACUGAGUAUAAGGCACUAGCUGAUCCCUCUGUUCCCCUCUCCUUGAAAGAGAAGCCCCAUAGGGUGGGGGUGUUUGUGGAUUAUGAGGCAGGUCUGGUCUCCUUUUAUGAUGCAGACUGUUGGUAUCAUCUCUACUCUUAUAAUGUUAAGUUCACUGAGAAACUUUACCCAUUCUUCUCUCCUGGUCUUAAUGAUGGAGGUAAGAACUCCUCUCCUUUUAUCAUCUCCUCUGUUUCUAUCUGCCCUAUCAAUUAAUGUAUAAUGAUGGUGGAUGUUUUAUUAAAUUCAGACUCCAGCACAGUUUAU